ACGGCGCCGGCGGUCACGUGCGGCGGAGGCAGGCCCGGCCCGCCGCACUCGGAGCCGCCGCCAUGCCGCUGCCGCCGCUGCCCGGCCGCCCCCGCCUCGGGCGGGCCCCGCUCCCGCCGCUGCUCCUGCUGCUCCUGCUGCUGGGCCCGGCGCGCCCCAUCUCCUUCCAGCUGCCGGGCAAGGCGCGCAAGUGCCUGCGCGAGGAGAUCCACCGCGACACGCUGGUCACGGGCGAGUACGACAUCAGCGCCCCGCCGGGCUCGUCCAGCGGACCCUCCGCCAACCUCAAGAUAACUGACUCGGCUGGGCACAUCCUGUAUGCCAAGGAGGAUGCCACCAAGGGGAAGUUUGCCUUCACCACUGAAGACUAUGAUAUGUUUGAGGCCUGCUUUGAGAGCAAGCUUCCUGUGGGAACAGGGAGGAUGCCGGACCAGCUCGUGACUCUGGAUAUGAAGCAUGGCGUUGAAGCAAAGAACUACGAGGAGAUUGCUAAGGUGGAGAAGUUGAAACCCCUGGAAGUAGAAUUGAGGCGUUUGGAAGAUCUUUCAGAGUCCAUCGUUAAUGACUUUGCCUAUAUGAAGAAACGAGAAGAGGAGAUGAGGGACACAAAUGAGUCAACAAACACCCGGGUUCUGUACUUCAGCAUUUUCUCCAUGUGCUGCCUCAUCGGACUGGCCACCUGGCAGGUUUUCUACCUGCGUCGCUUCUUCAAGGCCAAGAAGCUGAUUGAGUAAAGGAGCAAAUCUUCUUCCCCUUCCUCUCAGACUCAGCUGGACACCUCUGGGACCUAGCCAUGGCCUCCUGGAGCCAUCGUACAGAUGAUACCCACUGACUGGAGCCUUUCUGGAGGAACUUGGACCCUAAAGGGGGAGGGGAGCCUGAACAUCAGAGGCAAUGGGGGACUUGUGAAAUCCUGUUGGAUGUUGAGGGUGGGGGAGGUCAUGAUGGGUUUGGGUAUUCCUGGGGCAGCGAUUAAAUAAAAAAAAGAUGUUUCCAUGACAGCUGCAGCAAGUUUUUUGCGCUGUCUAUUCUCCUUUUAUAAUCAUGGCUUGAUGAUGUCUCCCAUCUGUCUGUGACUGCAGUGUUUGUUACUCAGAACCACCUGACCCUGCUGCGCUCUUUAGGUGGCAUGCAGGUCACACUGGGGCAGAGCAUGGAGAUUCCCUGUCCUCACCAGCUGGGAUCUAAGCCUCGAGCAAAUGGAGAUGAGUGCAAAGCAAUAGGAUUCAUCAUUCCAGCAGGGCCUGAGAAUAGAGAGUCUUCCAAGGUUUGGUCCCUGUCGUGGACCUCUGUGUUUCUCCCUGUGGGAGCUGGUGUCUUUGUGCUGACAGGUCAGAGCGCUUGAGCAUAUGGUGAUUCAGCCUGGAGGAAGGGGAGCCCUCUAAGGCAGGCUUGGAAGUGUGUUUGAGCUUGGAAAGAAGCCUGCUUUGCUCAAAUAAGCUAUCCAGCCUUGGUCCCACCCUUCCCCCACAUGUUUGUCUUGGAUUUGCCUCUCUUGUUUUGAAAUGGCGCAGCAGCUUUCCUGAAAACCUUGGUUGGGAACAGCCUUUUGUGCAGGAGGCCUCGGUCAGAUACAGUCACAGAGCAGAUGGGAGCAGGUCAUGCUAGGAAACUUGGUCUUACAUUGGGCAGAAGACUUCUCAUCUAUCCAAGCAGAUGGCUGAAUGGCAUUUUAUGAGACCUCAAAGCAAGGUGAGCUGAUGCUCACAUGAGGCAUGAGGGCCUGUACCCUGCAUUGAGGUCUGAGGGUACAAUAGUGCUGUACAGGUUAGCAGAGGAAUUGGAAGAAUGUGGAUGAACUGAAAAAAGGCAAUACAGGGUGGGAAUAGGCUAAUUCUACAUCUGAGGGGGCAGUCUGGACUAUGCCCUCAACAGAACUGUUAUUUUCACCACUUCUCAGCUGUCGAGGUGGCACUGUUAAAUAAAAAUAAACCAAGCUGGGAAAAAAAUGACAGGUUAAUUUCCUGGACUUGCUGCAGUUUUUAGGCAGUGAUUACAAUUCUUUCAUCAUCUCUGCAUUCCUUCAGAGCUAGUGGUUCAGCAGCACAGCAUUCUGAUGUACUGUGUCUAGAUACUUUCUGGGUAGGGAUGGGGUUGUCAUGGCCCUGGACCCAGCCUAACAGUUUCAAAAAAGCAUAGUUUUAUAAUUUGUGACCUGAGUUGGAUCUAUUACUAGGAAGGAAACAGUUGUCCAUGGUGAGGCAGUGGAAAAGACGAUGUAAAGAUGAUCUCCUGUCAUCUAAAUGUAUUAUUCUUUGCCAUUCCCAGGUUCCUGGAGUUGUUAGUUCCACUGCAAGUACUUUGAUUGCUUUUAAUUUGUUUGGUUUUUGAUAAAGCCAUAUUAGGAUCCUAAGUCCACUCCUCUGCCAUUGCAUCCAUUUUAUCCUUGUAUGUUUUUGAAAGUUACAGUGCAGAACAGCAGCAGUAGCACAGGACUGAAUUACAGAAGUCAUUUGAAGGUGGUUUUAGGUCCUACAGUUUGAAGCCUGUAGAUCGGUUAAGGUUUUGCUUUUGUUUUUAUAUAACUUGAAAAGAUAGUACAAGAAAGAGGCUUUUCCAGUCUUGUCUGAUAUCUUCUCCCCAUCCUUAUCUGAGUACAAAGUUAUCUUAAAAUGAUGGUGAGGCCUUAAGUUCUCCAGGUGACUGUUACACUCUCAUCGUUCUGGUGUUAUGUUUUGAUCUUCACUGUACUGGUGUAGUUACUGGGGAGCAGGUGCAGGGGACUGGUGUGGAUUUACCUGUAAUGACUGGUUGGGGGACUUUUGUCAGCUUUCUCAAAUAAAAAUUUUUUGGGGAAAAACAACCCACCUCACCUUG